AUGUCGCGCGUCCGCCUGUCGUCCGGCGGCAGCCCGGCCCUGGAGCGCCCGGACGCCUCGCCCAAGCCCUCGGCCUGCCGCAGCCUCUUCGGCCCCGUCGACCGCGACGAGCUGGCCCGCGAGCUCCGCCGCCACCGCCGCCAGCUGGCCCAGGCCGGCCGCGCCGCCUGGAACUUCGACUUCCAGCGCCACCGGCCCCUCGGCGGCCGCUACGAGUGGCAGGCCCUCGACCCCCACGCCCUGCCCGACUUCUACAGCCGGCCCCCCCGGCUCCGCGCCGCCCGACCCGGCCACGGCGACGGCGGCGACGGGGGGCCCCCGCGCCCCGCCGCCGAGCCGCCCCAGGCCGCGCCGCCCGCCCAGCCCAGGAAGCGGCCCGCCGAGCCCGACGAUUCUUCUCAUCAAAACAAAAGAGCCAACGCAACAGAAGUAAUUCCAGAAGACUCUCCCAGUGCCAGCUCAGUGGAACAAACGCCCAAGAAAUCCAGCCCCAGACGGCAUCAAACGUAGAUUGUUUACUUGGUGGGUUUCCUUCCUGCUCGCAUCUGCUUGAAAGUUGUGUAGCUGGCAGAAAA